GUGUCGUCAUCACAACAGAGGAGGAAAACAGCUCGUCAGUGGAUGUGACAGGAAUCCGGAUUACAGACCGAGAGAAAAGUCAGCUUCUUACGACCAUGAUCAGGCUCUAAAAUCGUGUUUAAUUCGGCUCGACGUAUCGGAGCUUUCUGGUGUGUGUUUUUUUAAAUCCAUUUUCUUCGUUCCCAUCUGCGACAUGGUGGAGCAGUCGGAUCGUGCCCCGCUCCUGGACUGGGAGGAGAUCCCUCCAGCACAGCCGAAAAAGGCGAAGGACACGAAAAGUUCUCCGCCGGUGUCAGCCGAGAGCACAGCGGCAGGCGAAGCGACGGACAGCCGGCGGAACGGCACCGCCGUCACCUGCAGCCCGGCCAGGAGGAUCCACAGCGGGGACUGCAGCCCGGCACGGCUGCCCGUGGAGCUGUCCGGGCCCGGCUGGGAUGUGCCCUUCCCCGGCCUGUCGGUGAGACAUCAGUGGGAGGAAAAAGACCAAAUAGUGGCCGUGUUCGUGGUUACCUUCGACACAAGAUCAGGAAACAUGGUGGAGUGGUCUUUGCCUCAUGACAUCAAUCUAGAUGGAGUAGAAUUCAAGGCGAUGGCCAGCGGCUCCCAUCGGAUCACCAAUGACUUCAUAUAUUUCCGUAAAGGCGUUUACUUUGGGCUGGCCUGUUUCUCCAACAUGCCCGUGGACAGCGAGCUGGAGCGAGGAGCCAGGAUGAAAUCUGUAGGAAUUCUGUCUCCAUCCUACACUCUGCUUUACCGCUACAUGCACUUUCUGGAAAACCAAGUCAGACAUCAGUUACAGAGUCCUGGUGAAUAUUCCCCCCUCGAGGCCUUUUACGAGGAUAAGAAGGCCGUCCUUCCGCCCACAGAUAACGGCCACGUCACCGCUUGUCCAGCAUGGAGUGUCACCGCCAUUAACCGCUGUAUGCACCCAGAAAUGAAGAUCACCCAUCCAGCCGGCUGCAUGUCCCAGUUCAUCCAGUUUUUCGGGGAGCAGAUAAUGGUGCUGUGGAAAUUUGCACUGCUUAGGAAGCGUAUCCUCAUCUUCUCCCCUCCACCUGUUGGUGUGGUCUGCUACAGGGUGUAUUGCUGUUGCUGCCUGGCCAACGUCUCUUUACCUGGAAUUGGAAUUUCAGUGCCUGAGUUACGUCCUUUUUUCUACAUCAACAUAGCGGACAUCACUGCUCUGGAAACGGAGCUGUCUUAUGUUGCCUGCACUACAGAGAAGAUUUUUGAGGACAAGAAGAACCUCUAUGAUGUCUACAUCGAUAACCAGAAUGUAAAAACGCAUAGAAGCAGUUUGCAGUCGUUGCUGCGAUUGAAUGCAGCAGAUAAGGAGAAAUACAGGAAGCUGAGUGAACAAAGGCAGAUGUUGCUUUACUCUCAGGAGGUGGAUGGAGACUGCACAUCAAAUGAAGAGGAUCUCUUCAUUCUCUUCUUCAUGGAGCUGAAUAACCGCAUCUUCCAGAUCCUGUCCGAGGUAGCAGGCAGCACUGAUCCCACCCUCACUGGUGAUCACAUGAGGGCGAUGGGGCUGGAUCCCCAGUGCGAUCGCUCCUUUGUGGAGGACCUACUCGAGGUGUAUGGCCUUGAUAUCACCCUGGUUAUAGACAGUCCCUGCUGUUCCUGAGCAGCUCCUGGUCCACUUGACAUGCUCGUGGAGAUUUGUGCCUUUAAGGCCAUGAUUGCAACAAACCGAAGACACUGCCUCCAUGCUGGGACUUCAUCUCUCACCUGCUGUCGCUCUGUACGUGUCAUCUGAUCUAAAGAGUCCGUUUCCAACAUGUUGGUGACGGCAGCACUUGAAACGUGCACUGGUCGAAGCAGACAAAGUGGCUCGGUGGAUACGUGGUGUCAUCGCCCUCUGAUUCUUCACUCAUUCCUGUUUUUGGUUAGAAAUAUUCAUUUCUGCGUUUGCACCUGUGUGGAGGAUCAAGACUGAAUAAGGACGGCUGGUCGCUCUGUAAAUUCACUCUACUCUUCACAAGAAGGAAUUCAUCGACUCUACGGCUCCAGUGUUCACUUAAAAUCUGCUUCAUUUUGGGAAGUUCGUUUUAUUUUUCAUCAUGAGAAGAAUUCUGCUUUUUUUCCCUUUUUGAUUUAUAACAUUUUUGGAUGAUUUGAUGGAUUCAGCUCUUCUGCGAUGAUGCUUUUGUUAAUGGAAGUCACAAACUGAACGGUUUUGGCCAAUUUAUUUGCCUUUUUUAAUUGCAAGCAAUACAACUCUGUGUAUUAGUCAAAAUUAUUAACUUUUUUCAUUUUUAGAAUUGUCACCAUGAGAGGUGAAAGUGAAAUAUUAAUAACUGUGUUAUUCUAUAUUAAGUGGUAAAGUGAUGAUUAAGGAGGAAGAAGCAAGAAAAAAGCUGUUAAAUAUUAUAUUCACCUUGAUGCACUUUUAAAAUGCACAGUGCUGUGAAAUAAUGUACUCUUUGUAUUCGAUCAGUCACAUGACGUGAUCGGAGAGUUUUCAGAACUGUUGUAUUACAUUUAGCUUCAGUUGUCGUUAAAGGGGUCGUACUGCACACGUUAUUCAGCGAGCUAGCAUCUGUCUUAUAAACAGUUUGUAGCCAAACACAUCUCAUAAACACAGGGGUGUUACAUCCAAACAAGAAAAGACCCAUUUCUGUGCCUGUCGCUUUAAACCAAAACAAGCUGCUGUUUGCUGGAAAUUCUGACUUUUUGUCAUUACCCACAAUGCACCACACUGCUAUGCAUCAGUGUAUAGGUGUUAAAUCAUUGGAAGAGUGAUUAGUUUGGAGUUGUCUUCUUUCCUUGGGUAGUUGGGCAAAAUCCCAGGAAACAAAACUUACUGAUAGUUGCAGUUUGCCUUGUUGACAGUUCCCUAUAGCUUUGGCAGUCUUACGAUAGCUAUAUUCACAAAACCUCUGAAAUUUUAAAGUUGAAAUGUGAGUCCAUGUAAAGAGACACAAACUGACACUCUUCCAGUGAUUUUACGCAUGCACCAUUGUGUAGCUAGCUAUAGAAGGGCACGGGUACACAUCACUUCCAGCGACGUAGCAGAUCUGAAUCUGAGAAUUCGAACUUCCACGACUGGCCGCCCGCUAAAAACGUGCUCAGGCUGUAUUGAUUAUCUAUUGAAAUCAGCUGAUUUGGUUUCAUCUCUAACUUGCUUGCAACAGCCAGCUGAUAGCUAUCAGUGCCUGGAACAAUGAGAUCUAUACACCAAGCUGACCUGAAAUGAACCAUUGUACAUUAAAUUGACUUUGACGAGUCCGACCCCUUUGAAAAGUGACAAAAUGACAUGUAUUUGUAUGAAGUUUGGCGACGUUUUCAGUGGCUAAAAAUGGCCGCAAGAGGGCGCUCGGGUAAAGUCCACGGCCUCCUAUAUGUUGCAAUCUGAGUUGUGACAAAACACAAAAUGGGCUUUUGUUACAUAUGUCACAGAAAACUAAAAUGUACCAUUUCAGGCCAAUUUUUGCAACUUCUCCACAUAGUCACAAAAAAUGAAGAAUUUAUAAAACAUGAAACCAGAACCAUAUGUCGCUGUAAAAGCUAGGACUAAAAAUGUAUUUUGCACAAUAUGACCCCUUUAAAUGACAGCUCAUUUUGCCAAUGAAUGUGGUUAUACAACUUUUAUUCAUGAAUGCUGCACCGUGUCCACCACUGGACUGUUUCCUGAUGUACACAGUGAUCGUACAUAAAGGGACACACUCCUUCGCAAUCAUCCAAGUGCACGUCAGCACCCACAAAUUUUACAUAUCCAGCGCCGUGUGGCAUUUUGAGAAAGUGCCAUCCACAACCCAUGGUACAUUUGCAUAAUCUGGUUAAUUCAUCAAUGCCACAGCACUGGAAACUAGAAUGUGAAGGUUCUGUUUGUCCUUGAACAAUUACAAAGGAGUGUCGUUUUAAGUAUGUUUAUUUUUUUUAAGUGUUGCGUGUUAUUGCCGUGUGUUUGGCUGAUGUGACAUCUACUGAUAUAAAUACAUUCUGAGCCAGCAAGUAGUUUGUGCGUUUGUGUUUUAUAGCUGUAUGCCCCACGAACAUUCACAUUUGCUUGGCUCACGAGCAGGAGAUCUUCAGCUUUCUGUGUUCACGUGCAACGCGUCUUUGCUGUUGAACUUUUACUUAUUGAUCAGCUUUAAAGAGCUUCUUUUCCAGUCUGCUCCGAUAACAAAGAACCUUUUGUUUGCAUGUGUGUGUGUGUGAAGCUCUGGUGAUGUCACAGCAACGGCUGAGCAAACUGUGUGUCUCCUCCUCCUUUAGGCAGCGUGACAAGACGGACAUGUGAGUUCCAGCUACGGAUCCUCCUGGUCUUUUCACUGUAGUCCCAGUUAGUCAUUCCAUUGUGUUGCUGACCAAACUGAUAAUUUGUUCCAUGUUGGAACACCUGAAACUGAUACUUUCCUCGUGUAAUUUUACAGUGGUUCACAAUUUUAUCAUGGCCACAUUCCAAAAGUGAGUUGUGGGGACCUGAUUUUAAAAUUUAGAAUGUGCCUUGCUUUGAUCUUCAAAGAGUCUAGGUCUGCUGUGCAGUGUACUGGAAUGUAUCCAAAACAGAGGAACACUUUAAAGGGACACUAAUCUGUCAAGCACAAAAUUAGGCCCCUCAUUUGUAGUUUUCAGCCACAUGACAUUUUUAUGUCCCACCACUAAAAGGCAUGCUAUGAUAAAUAGUGGACACUUGGUACUUACACCUUAGGUACACACUAGAUCGUUUGGUGCUUAUACCGCCGCAUAUUAAAGAUUAAGUGCUUCUUACUCCAGAGUGCUUUUUCAUACACACAAUUCAUAAUCAGUAUAUUAUGGUGAUACAAAUGGUCUGAUGUAGAAAAUAUUUAAAUUAAGGUGUUCAUUUUGCAGAAAUUGUUUUAACAAUCAUAAACAAUGCUUCACAUGAGCUUUCAUAUACACAGUAACUGAUUAUCGUAUUUUCUGGAGUAGAAGUGAGUUUUUUACUCAUAUGGGAGGCCCUGCGACAUACUCCAGUGUGACUUAUAUACACACACACACACACAAAAAUCACAUUCAUUAUCAAUAAUAACUAUAAUGAUUUAUAUAGGACUUUACCAGCAAUCAAAGCACUAAACAAAAUAAAUGCUAAUAAUAAAAGAAUAAAUGCCAAUAAUCAAAAGUACAGUUCAACAAUGCACAAAAAUCCCAAGAGCUAAUAGGCAUUUUUUUAACAGGUGCGACUUAUACUCUGUAAAAUACGGUAAUUGUGUUGACUGUAUAUGCUAAUUAGGGUGCUAAAUAGGUACACCAUUACCAAAAUUGUAGUGUGGCUAACAUUUGGCAGAUUAGGCAAAUUAAGUGUGUUUUGUUUUAAAUGCAA